UAUGGUAUGAAAGUUAAUCAACCUGUUGUUACAUAUGAACAACUGUUCAGAAAAGUCAAAGAAUGCCAUGAACGUGUUGGACAUUUCGGGCGUGAUAAAACUUGGGCUGAAGUAGGUUUUCAAAAGUCGACUUGAUCGACAUGAGAUGUAUACCAGACGGAGAAUACAAGUGGAUUUUACAUGUGAAAGAUCACUUUACUAAAUUCUCAUGGGCGUUCAUGGCACGUUCAUGGCAAAAUUUUAUUCUCCACUAGUUGAACUUAAAAUUUCAAUUUCCACUGGAUUCUUGUCAGUGGAAAUUGAAAUUUUAAACUCCACUAGUGGAAUUCUAAAUUCCACUGAAUUUUAAUUUCCACUGUAACAUAUACACUUGUAUAUUACAUUUGUUUGCCGCUGACGAAGAAAUUCGAAAGCACUUCAACAUUCUACAUCAGAUUUCUCUCCUUUGUAUUUGUUAAUAAAAAUUUCAAAAAUCAACUGGAGUAAUAAACACACACACGACAACACUCUAUCAUUAGUCAAUAUCGCCAUCCAACCUAUUGGUUAAAUUAGCAUUAUAGCCAUUCGAUAGAGAACUCCACGGACUACAUUCUGAUCUGUUCGAUUGAGCACAACACAUACAUUUAAGCUUAAGACUGCAUCAAGUCUAAGGAUCAUCUUCUAUAUACCACUUUGUAAAGAAUUAAAGGAUGAAUCUUUUGCAGAAAACAGGUGAAUUUUAGAACGUGAGGACUGCGGAUAAACUUCAAAGAGAUCGGUUUCUUCUGCCCUACGCGGUAUCAAUUUCUAGAACCUGAUUUCGCUAGAGCUUGAAAAUUGCAGGCCUUUUAUAGUCAAAAGAACUGUUUAAAAUUUAGAGUUUAAGAUUAACCCCUCGGGCCCGAUUCACUUUUUCUAAAAUGUAUCGUCAACAAGAAACACUCGACCUCGAUGAAAUUCUCAGCCAACGUUAUUCAUACCGAGGUCUGGUUACGGUAAAAUUUUCAGCUUUAUAUCUUGUGUUUUCUCAGAGCUAUUCUAAGAAGAAUGGUAAAAGUGGGAGUAUCGCCACUCACCAUGUUUAUCCGCUACCUUACUUAACUCUUUGAAGGCAGCUGUCGACCGAAGUCGACCUCAGGGAGCGAGGGCGGGAGUCGACAAAAGUCGACAUCUAGGGGUAGAGGACUAGAACUAUUGCUGUGCCGUAAUAAAAUACCCAGUUACAGUUUGCUCACUCGAAAUACUACUUUUACCGAAAAAUAUUCAGCCUAGGGUGUUGACCGAAAAAAAUUUAUUCAGCCCUGAAAGAGUUAAAUGCUAAAAUUAUUGAGUUAGUCUCAACAUGUAGUCAAGAGCUACAACUUAACAACGCCAGAUAUUUCAAUUCUAUCUUAUUUUUUUUCGAGAAAAACAUUUUUAAAAAUAUCAGAAAGAGUUUCCUGAGUUUAGCUAAUCUUCGGAAACUUUUUUUCUCGAAAAACUAAGAUAGAAUUGAAAUAUCUGGCGUUGUUAAGCUGAAGCGCUAACUCUUGGCUACAUGUUGAGACUAACCCAAUAAUUUUAGCAUUUAAGUAAGGUAGCGGAUAAACAUGGUAAGUGGCGAAACUCUUACUUUUACCAUUCUUCUUAGGGUAGGUCUGAGAAAACAUGAGAUAUAGAGCUGAAAAUUUUACCGUAACCAGACCUUGGUAUGAAUAACGUUGGCUGAAAAUGUCAUCUAUGUUGCGCGCUCCUGGAUGGAAAUUUCUGAGUGUGGUGUGCAAGGACCCUUACAUGGUCGAAGAGAAGUUAAAAACCACAUGCAACAUUCGCUAUAACUUAAUCCAAAAAAGCAUUUCUCCUAAAAGUCAUGAGGUAAGACUUUUCAUAUUCAUCCGGCCCAUUCUGUCUCAAAACAACUAGUUCGUCUUCUUUUAGUCAUAUUCCAAGAAGAACUUGAUCAGACGGAGUUGUGUUACGACUGCUUGUGCUGCUUCAAACUGCUGAUUGACUUCAGCCUUAAAAUGUAUUAUCAAUGCGGUUUUUAUGCGCGAAAAAUAAGAAGGAAUCUGUUUGUUGCUCCGAAUAAUUUCAGCGUCAAAUUCAAAUCAAACCUUUUCUUUUUAAAGGUUUUGGGUCAUUGUUGUCUCUGCCUUAAAUCAUUUGGUAUUCUUGAGGAUCAAUUACCAUGUGAAUGUAUUCAGAAAGUACUAUGUGGUUUACAAUAUUGUCAUCAGUGUAUAAAAUCAGCUAAAACACAUAAUGAUAAGAAAGGUUUUUGGUGUAGCUAUUGUGAUUUGAAAUACAACCAAAAUGAAUAUCCAGAACAUAGUCCAAUAUUAGAAGAUUUGUUAUGGAACCAGUAUAAUGUUAAAUAUGGUAUUGAUCAACUCGAUUUAUCUACAGUAAAAGAAGAUAAAUUAAAAGCUGAAUCGGUGUUGUUUGAUAUCCAAUGUAGAAAAAUACAUAUUGAAACGUUAAAGCCAGAUAUUACAAUCAAAUCAACAUUAAGUGUUCCACACAAUUAUGUACCAUCAACAAAUCACGAUACCUCAUGCAUAAUCAAUGAUACAGAACUAAGAGCGAGCGCACCAUCAAUAACAGAAACUACAACGCUAAAAGCAUAUAUACAAAAUCCAGUAGGCGUAACAGUUGAUAGUGAACAAACAAAAGUUUCAAUUAUUGAAGCCAAUACUCUUAUAUCCACAUUGAUAGAAACUGAACAGCAGCUAAUAGAAAUGAUAGCAAGAGAGGAUUAUAGUUUGUUGAACAAAUGUGUUGAUAACUACAGAAAUGUUUUGUCAUAUCCGAAUAGAGUCGGAUCAAAAUUUGUUCGUUUAUGUGAAUCGUUAGUAGAAUGUAGAAAAAAAAUUGAAUUUGAACAAUAUUUUCCUGAAUUACAUUCAAAAACAGUUGAAUGGGAGACCGUUCUCGGUAUUGGGAAUGAAUUUCAACCAAAAAUGCUUGAUAUAUUCAAAGCUGUUGAAAAAGAUUUAAACGCUGUUGCUUUCAACAGCGUACCAUGUAAAAUUGGCCUAAUUGGUAAAACUAAUGCUGGAAAAAGUUCAUUGUUAAACCGUUUGAGAGGGAAAAAGCAGAAAAUUGUGAGGAGGAAUAGACGAACUGCACGAACCACAACCGGAGAGAUAAGAAACGAGGAAACAGAUUAUGGCUUUUCGCCAAUACGCUAUGAAAAAAGCACUUAUACGACAUUAAAUUUUGAAUACACAUAUAGACCUGUUGAUUCAAUCAAUUCAGAUCUAAACGAUUCUUAUUUUAACAUUGAUCUGAACAAUGGUAUCAAAUAUAUGCACAAACAAACGGCAUCUUGGUUUCUAACUGAGAACAACAAUAAUUUGCCAUUCGAUCGUUUAAAGCCAGUGAUGGAAACAAAUAGACAAGAAUAA